UUAUUAUCGUUAUUUUUCUUCUCCCUGUAUUGCCACUUGCAGUUUUAUUCAGAAACUGGCCGUCUUUCACGCCACCAACUGGUCGUUAUGGUUGGUAUUAAUGGCUUGAAGGACUCGUUUUAUAUUCUUUCCGACAGUCAGUUUUUUUUUUUUAACAGAAUUAAAUAUGGUUCACCUAAACCACUAAUUCUUGUAGACAACAGUGUUUUGAAUCAACUUCCUUUCAACUCUUAACUCUCGGAUUUACAUUGCUUCUUACGCAAGAACUCUCUAACGUGAGCUGACUUUCUCCUCAUCAAGUCAAAAGUUUUUGGUCAGCUCUUCUGCUUCAUCUCCUCUUUCUUUGUUAUUCGAUUUUGUGGGUGUUUCGGAUCCUUACCGGUGGUCCAUUGUGGUGUUUUUCUUUUGAUAACUUUAUUCUCAAGAUUGAAAUCUGAGGUCGGUCUUCUCUGGUGAGAAAAUAAGCAGAUCGACCAAUGGCGCAACUGCUGCUGCAUGGGAUCCUUCACGCUACAGUCUAUGAGAUUGAUAGGGUUUCUGGCAAAGGUUGCUGCAUGGUCCUCUGCAAGAUUUUGGCUGACUCAAAUUGUCAAUGACUUUUAAUGCAGCUGAUGGAAAACGUAGAAACGCUGGGGUUUGGAAGAGGUAAAUCCAAAAUCUAUGCAACAAUUGAUAUAGAGAAUACUACAGUUGCCCGUACUAGACUACUGAAAAAUGAACACUCUAAUCUCCAAUGGUCCGAAUCUUUCCACAUUUACUGUGCUCAUAAGGCUUCUCAUAUUGCGUUCUCUAUCAAAGAAGAUGAUCCUAUUGGGGCAAGAGUAAUCGGUAAAGCUUAUAUGCCUGUUGGGGACAUAGUAAGUGGUGAAGAAGUGAAUAGAUGGCUUAGGAUCUUGAAUAAUAACCAUAAACCUCCCCAUGGAGGUCCCAAAAUCCACGUGAAGUUACAGUUUUUUGAUGUCACUCGAGAAUGUAACUGGUCUCGGGGAAUUAGAAGGAAUAAAUUUCCAGGAGUCCCUUUCACAUUCUUUCCACAGAGACAUGGUUGUAGAGUUACUCUUUACCAAGAUGCUCAUAUCCCGGACAAAUUUAUCCCGAAAAUCCCUCUUGCUGGGGGUAAGUACUAUGAGCCACAACGAUGCUGGGAAGAUAUCUUUGAUGCCAUUUCCAAAGCAAAGCAUUUGAUAUACAUUGCUGGAUGGUCUGUAUAUACUAAGAUCAAGUUGGUGAGGGACUUGAGGAGACAAAAGCCUGAAGGAGAGCUGACCUUGGGGGAGCUUCUUAAAAACAAGGCAAGUGAAGGGUUAAGGGUCUUGAUGCUUGUUUGGGAUGACAGAACUUCUGUAAAAUUGCUAAAGAAGGAUGGAGUAAUGGCUACCCAUGACGAAGAUACGGAAAGCUAUUUCCGUGACACUGGAGUACACUGUAUUUUAUGCCCUCGUAAUCCUGACAACAGCGAAAGCAUUGUUCAAGACUUGGAGGUUUCCACCAUGUUCACUCAUCACCAGAAGAUUGUGGUGGUCGACAGUGGGAUGCCCAUUGGAAAUUCUGGAAAGAGGAGGAUAGUGAGCUUCAUUGGUGGCAUUGAUCUUUGUGAUGGGAGAUAUGACACUCCCUUUCAUUCCAUUUUCAGGACUCUAUAUACAGCCCACCAUGAUGACUUUCAUCAGCCCAACUUUGCUGAUGCCUCAAUCAAGAAAGGUGGACCUAGGGAGCCUUGGCAUGACAUUCACUGCAGGUUAGAAGGACAAAUUGCCUGGGAUGUUUUAUUCAAUUUUGAGCAGAGAUGGAUGAAGCAAGGCAUAAAGGGCUUGCUUAUUCGAUUAAAAGAUUUAGAUAAAAUAUUCAUAGGUCCAUCUCCAGUUAUGUAUCCCGAAGACUAUGACACAUGGGAUGUUCAAUUGUUCCGAUCAAUUGAUGGAGGAGCUGCCUUUGGCUUCCCUGAUAAUCCUGAGGACGCAGCCAGGGUAGGUCUUGUCACUUGGAAGGAUAAUGUAAUUGAAAGAAGCAUUCAGGAUGCUUACAUCAAUGCCAUUAGACGAGCAAAGAGUUUCAUUUACAUUGAAAACCAGUAUUUUCUCGGAAGCUCAUUUUGGUGGAAUUCACAAGACCUUAAGGUUGAGCAGAUUGGUGCUGUACAACUAAUUCCAAAAGAGCUGUCACUAAAGAUUGUUAGUAAAAUUGAGGCAGGAGAAAGAUUUAGUGUCUAUGUCGUCAUUCCAAUGUGGCCAGAGGGUAUCCCAAAGAGUGCAGCUGUGGAGGAAAUAUUGAAUUGGCAAAAGAGGACAAUGGAGAUGAUGUACAAAGACAUUGCUCUGGCCCUUCAAACCAAGGGAAUUGAGGCAAACCCGAAGGACUAUUUGUCAUUCUUUUGCCUUGGCAAUCGAGAGAGGGUGAAAAGCGGAGAAUAUGAACCUUCGGAGAAACCAGAAAAUGAUACAGACUACAGCAGAGCUCAGAAAGCCAGGCGGUUCAUGAUAUACGUUCAUGCCAAGAUGAUGAUAGUUGACGAUGAAUACAUAAUCAUUGGAUCUGCCAACAUCAAUCAAAGGUCAAUGGAUGGUGCCAGGGAUUCAGAGAUUGCCAUGGGAGCCUAUCAACCAUUUCACCUAGCCACUAGUCAGCCAGCCAGGGGCCAGAUCCACGGCUUCCGAAUGGCAUUGUGGUACGAGCACUUGGGCAUGCUAGACGACUUCUUCCUCCAACCAGAGAGUGUGGAAUGUAUCCAAAAAGUGAACCAAAUUGCCAGGAAGUACUGGGACUACUACUCCAGUGAGACACUGGACCAUGACCUGCCUGGCCAUUUGCUUAGUUAUCCCAUCAAUAUUGCUGAAAACGGGGAGGUGACAGAGCUUCCGGGGACAGAAUUCUUCCCAGACACCAGGGCUAAAGUUCUUGGAUCCAUGUCUAUGUUCCUUCCUCCAAUUCUCACUACCUAAUUACCUUGUUCUGAUCUGAUUUAAGAAAUGAGCUCAUUCUUUAUUCAUGUUAGAGUUCACGGUACCAUGGAUGAUACACGAAGUAUAAGCUGGCAGGCUAGUUGCUUGAAACUUAUAGAUAAAAACCAAGAUAUGAACUUUAAU